AUGACAGAAUCUGAAUGUUUAAGACAUGGGUUACUGAGUCUAAUAAUAGCAUCAACCGUUAACAAGGUAUUACAUAGAUUCAAUUCUUCUAAUGUUAAAAUAGAUAUCCAGGUGUUUUUAAAUCAUUUGAAGUUAAAUAUUAAGAAUUAUAAGCAUGUUUUUGGUCGACCUCAAAAACUAGAUGUUAUCGAUACUAAAGAUAAAUUGAUAAAUUUCAUCGAUACAACGAGUUUCAAAGAUUUCAUAGACAUUCAAGGUGAUGUUGUACAUAUCAAGGGAGAUACUGAUGACUAUCCAGUUAAAAUAAAGGGUAUUAUUAUUGAAUCUAGUAAGAAGUAUUCACAAUUUCUAUUCAAAAAUGUUAAUGAUUUGGCCAAACUUUAUAAUAAUUUGAAGAAGGGUGACGACGAAAGGAAGAAACAGAAAGCUUUGGAAGCUAUGGAAGUUGAUGAACCAGAGGUCAAGACUCCUGAGAAAGAGGAUGAAAAGGUUGAGGAAUCUACCAAAGAAGAAGUUAAAGAAGCGGAUGAAGAUGAAGACGAUGAAGACGAAGAGGAAGACGACGAUGAAGAGGAAGACGAUGAUGAAGAAGAGGGUGACGAAGAAGAUGAAGGAGAAGAAGAAUCAGAAAAAGAAAUAGAAAAACCAAUCACAAAAACCUCAAAAAAUGGUAAAUCACCCAAGAAAGAGGUUGUCCAACAAGAAGAGCUGGAAGACAGCGAGGAUAGUGAUGAUAGCGAAGACAGUGAUGAAAGUCAAGAUAGUGAGCCUGAAACCAAAACUUCAUCUAAAUCUAAGAAAGUUAAAUCAUCCCCAGUAAAACAGAAAGAAAGUGAAGAGGAGGAUGACGAACAAGAUGAAGAAGAGGAAGAGGAAGAAGAUGAAGAUUCAGACAAAGACUCAGAGAAAGAGCCCGAAACUGAACAAGAGACUGAGAAGGAAGAAACGAAAGUGGAAAAAAUCAAAAAAGAAGAGGGUAAUCGAACUCCAAGACGUAGUAGUAGAAAACGUUCAGCAUCUCCAGCAACUACACCUAACCAGAAUUAUAAGAAGUUCCAAUCCAUUGCUGUUAACCUCGUCAACAAUAUUCAAUCCCAUAGGUUCUCUUCAGUAUUUUUACAACCAGUUAACAAGAAAGAAAUACCGGAAUAUUAUGAUGUAGUUUAUCACCCUAAAGAUUUAAAAACUUUCAUGAAGGAUGUUAAAGUUAAGACUGGAAAACCCAAAUAUACCACAUUAGCCGAAUUAGAAAGAGAUAUUUUACUAAUGUUUGCAAAUUGUAUAGUAUUCAAUCAUUCCGAUGAUGACCUUGUUAAAUUAGCCAGAACUAUGAAAGAUGAAGUUGUCAAUAGUUUCAAGAUAUUCCGAGAGGCAGGUAGCGAAUAA